AUGUUCGGCAAAUCUUUAAAUUUGGCUAGAAGACAUUUCAGCAAUGAUGUGCUUAAAAGAACUCAUCUCUUCAAAUAUCACAAAGAGACUUUAAAGGGAAAGAUGGUUCCGUUUGCUGGCUAUGAAAUGCCAGUCCUUUAUCCAGAAGGUAUAAUCAAAGAGCAUUUGUUCUGCAGAGAGAGCGUAGGGCUCUUCGAUGUAUCACAUAUGGGAUAGGUUAGAAUUGUGGGUAAAGAUGCACUUAAAUUCCUCGAACACUUUACAGUUGCAGAUUUGCAAAGUCUUGGAAAGGGAAAAGCAACUUUAUCACUUAUUAUGAAUGAGAAAGGAGGUAUCAACGAUGAUUGUAUCAUUACAAAAGUUGAAGAUGACUCAUUCUUCGUUGUAAUCAAUGCAGGAUGCAAGGAUAAGGACCUUGAGUAUAUGAGGACUAUUAAGGGGUCAGGUGAUUGGAAAAAUAAGGAUAUUAGCAUUAAUUAUAAUGAGGAUAAUAGUUUGAUUGCAGUUCAAGGACCAAAUGCCCAGAAGCUGUUAGACUAAAUUAUUGGAACCGAUCUAUCUUCAAUGGAUUUCAUGACUUCUUAAGAGUUAAAAUAUAAGGAUAAGAUAAUUAGAGUUUCUAGGUGUGGAUAUACUGGAGAAGAUGGUUUUGAAGUCUCUGUCCCUGAGAGUCUUAUUCUAACCUUUGCAGAGGAACUCGGACAUGCUAAAAAUAAUGAGGGAAACAAGGUUGCCACCUGGGUUGGUUUAGGAGCAAGAGAUACACUCAGACUUGAGGCUGGUCUUUGUCUCUAUGGACAUGAACUUAAUGAAGAUAUUUCGCCAAUCGAGGCAGUUUUAGGAUGGACUAUUUCCAAGAGAAGAAAGGAAUAAGGUGGAUUUUUGGGUUAUGAAACAGUCAAGAAACAUUUAGAACAAGGAGUCAAAUAAAAGAGAUCAGGAUUUAUGGUAGAAGGCCCACCUGCUAGAGAAGGUGCAAAAAUUCAAACCAAGGACGGUGUCUAAGUAGGUCAUGUAACUAGUGGAGCUCCAUCCCCAUCAUUAAAAAAGAAUGUUGGUCAAGCUUAUAUCAAUGUUCCUCACAAUAAACUUGAAACUCAGCUAGAGGUUGUUAUUAGAGAAAAGCCAUAUCCUCUAACUGUUAAGAAAAUGCCUUUUGUUCCCAGCAGAUAUUAUAAAAAGCCAUGA